AUGAACUAUGUAAAAUUGAUGUUCAAACGUUUGUAUAGUGAAGAAGGACUGCAGGAACAAGGCACCCUAAAAUGUGAAGCAAAUAGGGUUCUAAGAACGAGUUUGAACCCAAAUGUUAAUGAGCAUUUUGAUGCAGAUAAGGACUUUAUUGUGUCAUUCACAGAUGCAUAUAUUGUUGAGGCCAUUACCCAUUUUUUUGAUAUGGAAAGUGUGUUUUCUGCACCAAGAAAAAAUGUAUUACCUGACAAUGUUUGUACAGAGGACCAAAAGAAGGAACGGGUGAUGGAUAUGUUCCAAAAAAUUGUUGAAAUCUAUGUGUGGGAUAAAGAGAACAAACAAAACCAAGAGGAUAAUGUUGAAGUUGAUGGUGUUGUCAUUCCAAUUCAACUAAGUAAUGGAAAGAGACGGUCCUAUGUAAUUAAAAAGGCACAGAAAUCACAAACACCACAAGAAGACAAAGUGAAAAAAUUAUGGACAUUUAUGUCUUGAACUUGGGUUACAGUUCAAGGCAAUACUGGAUCUUUGCAAACUGCCAGAUAGGGAUCGUGGUCUACGACUAUUGAAAGUUUGCAUGAUACAUUUCAAGGCA